AUGCUGAGUUUCAUGAAGGAAUUCAUGGAUAAACAAGAAAAGGGUAAGGAAACUCAAGAUCAGUCUGAGGAUAUACCAGAUGAUGGUAACCCGCUGUUAGGAUACAUUCCAAGUAUUGAUCCUCACAGAAUGAAUGACCGCUCUUCCAAAAGAGUCAUCCGAUCCCAUGAGGAAGGAGAGACUUCUCAAGAAGGAUUCAUCCCUAUUGCACAAAAGGAAGGGGUAUCCCGCACAGUUCGCAUUCUUGCCAACAAUCCUCCUAAAGAGGAUGAUUACUUGGAUCUGCAGUAUGGCGAUGUGGAUAAUACAAACCAGGUGCCUUCACACAAGCAAACUUCCCCUAACUCUGGAGGAGAUUCUAAGGACAGUGGACAAAUUAAGGCAUUAGAAGAAAGGAUAAAGGCAGUAGAAGGGUACGAUGUCUUUGAUGUGGAUACCUUCGAAAUGAGCUUGGUCCCAGACUUGACCAUCCCACAUAAGUUUAAGGUUCCUAACUUUGAAAAAUACAAAGGACUCACAUGCCCGAGAAAUCACUUGGAAAAGUCCUAUAUCCGAAGCUGGAAUGACCUUGCUAAUACAUUUUUAAAGCAAUAUAAGUACAACUUGGAUAUGGCGCCCAACUGGCUGCAACUACAAAAUCUAUCACAGAAGAAAGAUGAAGCAUUCAAGGAAUAUGCACAAAGAUGGCGAGAGAUGGCUUCUCGAGUCCAACCUCCCUUGCUGGAGAAAGAACUGGUAGACAUGUUUAUGGGCACCUUGCAAGGACCAUACUACGAUAAGAUGGUCAGAAGCGUAUCUUCAGGAUUCUCGGAUUUGGUGGUUAUUGGUGAAAGGAUAGAAAAUGGGAUUAAGAACGAAAAGAUACAAGGGGCAUCCUCAGGUUCUUAUCACUCAAAGAGGCCCGCCCCAACCUUCACAAAGAAGAAGGAAGGGGAGACCAAUGCAGUAGUGCAUCAAGAACCUAGACCUCCUAUGUCAUUUCCACAACAGCAGAACAGGUUUCAAGGCCCUCAAAGGAAAUUUGAUCCUUUGCCUACAUCCAAGAGCGAAAUACUAAGAUACUUGAUAAGCGAGUCAUUGGUAGAGAUCAAACCAUUGGCACCUCCUCCUCCAGGGAAGGUUCUACCCAAAUACAAUGCCAACGAAAGGGGCAAAUACCGUGCUAAUUCCCCUGGAGACACAUUGGAAAAAUGUUGGGCCUUCAGGCAUAAAGUUCAGGAUCUGAUAAAGUCAGGGGCAAUUGCCUUUGAUAAACCCAACGUGAAGACGAAUCCUAUGCCUCACCAUGACGGGGCAGUCAAUGCAAUUGAGGGGUUCAUCUUAGAACAUAACGCAGCUUUUAAAGACACUCCGCAAAGGCUCAUGGAUCAAGGGUUGAUUCAACUAAAGGAACACUCUAAGGAGGAAUAUGUAGCUAUGGUGGAUAGAAACGAGCCAUUGGUGAUACCUAUCCAAGGGACAAGGAAGCCAUUAAUCAUCCCAUGCUCUAAACCACCAUUGUGGAUACCUGCACAAGAGCAUACUAAGGUGAUCCCGACCAACAAGAAUAGAGCUCCAUAUCCUUUGGACAAAAUGAAAACAGUACCCUGGGAAUAUAAUUCCGGUGCUAAUACUUCAGUGUCUAAUAUCUUGGGACCUGGAGGCAUGACCCGUAGUGGUCGCAUAUUCAAAACUGCGCAGGCACAACCAAAGCCUAAUGAAAACUCGACACAAACGAGUGAUCAAGUUGCGGUAGGAUCAAAUGUUGAGACUCCUAAGGAUAAAGAAGUCACUAAUAAGGAUGCCGAAGAAUUUUUAGCUUUGAUCAAGAAAAGUGAUUAUAGGGUGGUAGAUCAGUUACAACAGACGCCAUCCAAAAUAUCACUCCUAUCACUACUAGUAAACUUCAAGAAGCAUCGAGACACCUUGAUGAAGAUCUUGAACGCCGCCCACGUAACUAAGGACAUCACUGUGAACCAAUUCGAUGGGAUGGUGGCUAAUCUCACCGCUGGGGCAUGUCUGGGGUUUAGUGAUCACGAGUUACCUCCGCAAGGAAAAGCACACAACAAAGCCCUGCACAUCUCUAUAUAA